AAAGCGCACCGCUCUUCAUUUAUUUACUUCACGUUUCCUUGUUUGAUCAUCUACUUUGCCGAUGCUUUCAUUCAUUAUCUAUGUUAAGCAACUAAACUCUAUCCUCUUUUCAUUUCAAGCUUGGUUCUUUGGCCUUCCAAUAAGAAGACCAAUGAAGGACUUGUCAUUGUUCCUCUUAAAAAACACGAUGACAGCCCGGAUGAAGAAAGGCUUCAAAAGUUUCUGUAACGGUGAUGGUUCAACCUCCACCCUCAAUCAGCAGAAGAUGAAAUUAUCAGAGGAGGUUGAAGCUGUGACCGCGGAUAGAGAAUCUUCUCUGCUGAUGGAAAACAUGGAGAGAACUAAGCAUGAUGAUAAGAACGAGGCGACGACGUUGGAGGAGAUGAUAAUGCAGUUGGAGUUGGAAGAGAAAUUGGCUAGAAGAAGGGAGGAAGAGUUUAGUGCAGGUGAAAGGUCAAGAAUGCUCCAGCAGCAAAGGAGGAUGUCUUGUGUUAAUAGUUCUGAUAUUUUGCGGUCUGCCAGGAAUGCAUUGAAUCAGUACCCUCGUUUUUCUCUGGAUGGAAAAGAUGCCAUGUAUCGAUCUUCGUUUAGAAACUUUGGUGGCCCGGUGGAUAACAACAUUGAUGCCAACAUCAGUGGUGCUCGCAGGAGUACUAGUAGUAAUAGAUCAAAGUCAAGUUGCAGCUGCUCCUGUAGGAUCUGUAGGCACAACCAUCAGUACUCCUACAGAGCGGUGAAAAAAAAUGAUGAGCGCCAAUUAUGUUCGUGUAACCAUGUUGAUUCUAGAGGAAUUGGUGGUCGUGGUGGAGGACAGCAGCUGAGGCCAGUAAAAGUAACUGGAGAUGAGAGUUGUAGUGUGGUUUGGUGCAAACCGGGACUGGUGGCAAAGUUGAUGGGGCUCGAGGCCAUGCCUAUUCCAGUACUACAACUUAUGAACAAUGGUAACAACAAUAACAAGAUGAUGACAGGGAGGAGAUUAUCAACUAGUUCUGCAGUUGAAAAUAGUUACAAGAAGCAAAACCAGCUUCAAAGGACUAGAGGAAGAGAAGGUGCUGUCAGAGUUGAUUCGCACAAUGACAGCUCGGCUGCAUAUAACAAGAGACCAGGAACAAGUGACAAGAAAUUCUACCUGCAUCCGUCUCACUCAAGAAUCACUGACAACCACAUUAUGAUCAGGAAGCAUGCUCCACUGGAGGAAGUCAAGGAGUUCGAGGAACCUGGCUGGCCAUUGCGCCACCGUUUUUUGUAGACUCCUGGAUGCAUGCACACACAUGACCCAAAGUUGAAUCAAUUAAACCAAUAAGUUUUAAAUGUAUCAUUCUCUCCAGCUUCUUGUUAAUUUGAUCCCACGCCAACAAAAUAAAACAUACUUUAAAAUGCCUACUUCAGAUAGCAACAACAAUAUGCUACAACCACCAUCGCCAGUAGCAUACAUACAGAUUUGAAAAUUUUGGCUUGCUUCUUCUAUUGAUUAUAUGAUUCAAAACUCAGAGCUAGCUAAGCGUGUUCCGUGGAAUCUCAUACAUAAUCUGUUAAGACUGGUAGAGAUAUAGAACCAGGCUAAAUAAUUAAGCUUCUUGUUAUAUACCAAA